CUGGUUUUUUUUGAAUACUAUUUUCGAUAGUUCAUCCAUAAAAGCAAUUGGGUAGGUGACUGCAGAAUAUAUAUGAUUUUUUACUAAUGUGUUAUAUAACAAGGAAAAGUCGAGUUAUUCGAACUCAAAUGCUAAAAAUGCCAAAAGGAAAAUAGCUGCAAUUGAAGAAAUGGCUAGUAAGAAAAUGGGUAGAAAAAUCGAUACCAUUUAUGCAGGUGAUAACUUUGAAUUUGGUGCUCUUGAAACUGGAAGUAAAGAUGACCAAACAAAAGAAAUAAAAGAUGGUAGAUUAAAGCUUCCUCUUGUAAUGAAAGAUAUUUUGCUGAAUAUUGUUUGUAAGGUUCCAGGUGUAUUAAAUAAAGUGCAUAUAAUAGGAUAUUGUAUUAAUGGUAAUAAGCUUGAAUUUUUAGACAUGGAUUGUCCUCAGGGAUAUGUAACGAGAGUUCGAAGAUUGAAUCAAAUGGAGUAUCCAAUAGAUUCAAUAGAUUGAUAAAUCGUUUACGCCCUCUUAUGGAAGUGGCUUAUAUUGAUAAAUUAUCAUGGAACAAACUUGGACAACUAUUAAAAGUAUAAAAAUCCCCUUGUCCAGUUCAUAUGGAGCACUGAUUUAAACAUCUUUAACCAAUCAAAUCUCUUU